AGAACCCGAUGUAAACAAAUCCUCAGCAGCAGCACGUGAGAGGUGGAUUUCCAUGGAAUAUGAACGCUGUUUGUCCUUAAACAGUGCAAUGACAGCUCGCAGUAUUUUACUAACCCGGCAGGUUUUGCCUCUUGGACAUCGUUUACGGCGUGUCUUACCUGUGAAGACCGUUUGCUCUUCCACGCGCGGCGAGGUUCGCUUGGCACAGGAAGCCAGCAGGAAAUACGGAAAACCUGAACCCACUAUAUUUUCUAAAAUAAUUGACAAAACUAUCCCUGCAGUUAUCAUUUAUGAGGAUGACAAGUGUCUAGCUUUCAGAGAUGUAAAUUCCCAGGCUCCUGUGCAUUUCCUGGUUAUUCCAAGGAUUCCCAUUCCCAGGAUCAGUGAAGCACACGAUGGUGAUGUAUCGCUCCUGGGUCAUCUUUUGUUAGUGGCCAAAAAUGUAGCAAAGAAAGAAGGACUGGAUGAAGGAUACAGAGUUGUCAUUAAUGAUGGAAAAAAUGGGGCACAGUCCAUGUAUCACCUUCACAUUUAUGUUCUCGGAGGACGGCAAAUGAAAUGGCCUCCAGGAUAGAUGGACCUUCUGUCAGAAUAAAAGUAAUGGUCUGCAUAUUUGGAGGAGACAAGCAUAACUGAUACAAAAUGAAAAUUUGUUGGGAAUUACCAAAAAAAGUUUGUCAAAUAAUGAGAGAGUGGGAACUAUUUUCUACAUUAAAAUGAAUUUUGCUGGUUUUCAGUCUUCCAGUCAUUCACUGGGUAAUAAAAAUGUUCUGGUGAAUUUUGCAAGGUUCACAGGUUGAUAUUGGCUUUUUGCACAAUGGGUAUUAAAUGUUUGGCAUAUGCAAAAAAAAGAUAGGAAAUAUAUAAAUAGGAAGUAAACGCACAAUGGUUUUUCGUCAUGAAAUGCAAGCAGAACCAAUUUCUUGCAAAGCAUAUUCUUGCAUAAAUUGUUGCAUUCAAGUCAAUGGGACAGUUUACAUAUAAUUCAUGUUAUGAAUGAUUUAAAAUACACAGCAGUUCCUUCUGCCCAUGUUCCAUGAAUAAGGGCCCCUGUGUUUAUACCAUGAAGACACAUUUCAGGACGUGCUGAAAUAAAAACAUACGAUCUGAAAUCUUGUAUUAGACCUGGUUUGGCCUCAGCUAAGGUCAUCCUGUAGAUCGAUUAACUGACGAAGGUGGUGUGAUCGAGCGACCUUGAUGUCCAGUGGGCUGAUUUCUAUGGGUCGCUCAUGAGUGUUUGUAUUAAGUGAACUUUUGUCCUAUUUGCUGAAACAUCAGAUGCAUCUGUACAGGCAACACAUCAUGUCUGUGCUGACUAGAAGAAGAAAUGUGAUACAGAACAAUAAUAAUCUUAAUAGUUUAAACAAACAACUUUGAGCCUUUUAUAAUUCAGUUUUAAUACAUAUUGACUGAAUCUAAAUUUAACAAAACAUACUGGGAUUUCUGGAGUGUAGUAAAAAAAUAUAAUGGUCAUUUUAUCUAGCAUAUGUUAUGGAUUUUUAUUAGGUGAAGGUGGCAAAAUAGUAAAUGUCCACAGUUGUCUUGUCAAUAAUGAGUUUUGCUUGAUCUUAUCUGCUCGAAAAUUGUGUGGAAUCACAAUCUCUUUCAUACUAUCGACUUUGUGUGACCUUGGAGCU